AUGUUGGCAAACACACCUCUCAAUUUUCUCUAUAACAUCCUUGAAACACUAAGAAAUGAAUGUGAAGCUGAUUCCGAUCCCCUAUUUAAAUUGGAUCCAAAUUUUCAACAAUUAGAUACUUGUAUUAGAAAUGGAGAUCUUUCACAAAUUGCAAACUUACUUUCCACAACAGAUUCCAUUAAAUUUAUUCAACCAUCAAGAGAAGGUCUGAAUGAAGCAACUCCUUGUGUAAACUAUCCAUUAGAAUUGGCUGUCAAAUUAGGAAAUAUUGAAUGUAUUGAAUUUUUAUUACAAAAUGGAGCCAAGCAAGAUUCUGAUACAGCAUGUUGGGGUUUAUGGAAUGAUUGUCAUCAUAGUCGUGCCUUUAUACUUGCCUGUCUUUUGAAAAAUCCAACCAUUGUCAAAACUUUAAUGAAAUUUGGCAUAAAUGGUGGAUGGAAUAAUCAAUUACACAGUCGAUACUACAGUUACACAUACAAUCAUUUAUUAGUUUCAAUACUGAAUCAAGAUCUUGAAAUUACCAGAAUUAUUCUAUCUCACAAACCAGACCUGGUCAACCAAUCAUGUUGUCAUUUGACUACAAGAACUUAUCCAGAUGAAGAUGUGAAUCCAUUGGCUGUUGCGUGUACUGUUGGUAAUGUGAACAUGGUAAAAAUGUUAGUUGAGGACUUUUCUGCAAAGAUGAAUGAUGGCCAAGUCAGUCGUUAUUACAUUUGUCCAAAACCUUUGGUGUGUGCUGCUAAAUAUGGACAUUUAAAUGUUGUGAGAUACUUAUUAAGGAAAGGUGUUAUUACAAGCGAUUUGGAAGAUGGAUUGGAAGAUGGAGAGGAAGAAAAAUUGAUUAAUUUACAAAUUGUGGCAUUGGUGAGGGAACAAGAAGGGUUAUUGCAAAGAACUGCUGAAAAUUUUGUUGGUCAAUUGAAAAAAUCUCAAGAUCAUCGAUCAUAUUGUGAUAUUGCCAUUGUUUCUUAUUCUAAGCUAUUGCAUUAA